AAACAACGGUGGAGCGUCUAAAAGCACGCUUUGAGGCUCGCGACAGACCCACACCGGCGAAAGAUGACAAACUGGCCGCAAAGACGAGCUGAGGAUGCCGCACGUUUGCUCCUGUCUUUAACCCUCCGAGCAGUUUAAGUCCAAGCUACUACAUCUUCUGUUGUUCCUGAUGAGGCAGAAUUAGCACUAGAGCAUCAUGUUGGAGCCUCCUGAGCCAAACCUGGACAUUGCGGACUGGCUGUCUACCCUCCGCCUCACCCAGUACACCUCAUGUUUUCUGCAAGGUGGCUAUCAAGUUCUGGAAGACUGCAGGGACCUCACGGAUGAACAGCUCCUGGAGCUCACAGUGCUUCCUACAGGGCAUCGUAGGCGAAUCCUCCGCAGUUUGGAAGCACUAGGGGUGAAGCAGCAAAGUGGUGAAGAGGACGAUGAUGGUGAGGAGGGGGGGGUGGCAAAUGGGAAGAGGCGAAGAAAGCCGGUGCCCCAUCCGAGGCAUAUCUUUAUGAAGGAAAGAAAGAGGGGGACUUCUUGUCAGCCCCCCAAUUCAAAGGAAAACAGGGAAUUAGAGGGGUGUCAGUCUUUGCCCCCUGGAGCAGGGUUGGCAUCUAAAACGGAGAAUGUCCAACAGUGUGAAUACCCUCGCCCCCCUCUGCCUGCCCCACGAAAUCCUGAGAACAUUGGUGCAUCCAUUCCUUCACAAACUGAAAACCAAACCACGGCUUCUUUCAGCAGCAGUAGCGAAUCGCUUUCCAUUUCUGAAAUACCCUCUGAUUGGGAGCUUUCUCCAGAGGACCCCUCCCUGUCCAGCACUGACUCCAUGCCGUGUUCUACUGAGGUCCCCCACUCACAAGUUAUAGAAGACCUUGGAGGGUUUUCUGGGGAGAUGGUGGAGAACUCCAUCUAUGAGGCUCAUCCCUUUUCAAAGACUCGUGGAGGUCCACGGCUCACUCGGUCCUACCGACUGAGACACCGGCCUGUGCCUGAAAUUCCCAGUCAGGCUAUCCCAGCACUCCAAGAAAGGAGCGCUCCACCGGCGCAAACAACCAGCCCCGAACACCUAACCGUCUGCGAGGGUCCCAUCGGUGCAAACAGCAUACAGAGAGCUCCACUUCAAGGCGCCUUGACUCCGAUUGCUCCCUAUGGAGAAAUGUUCCUGUACAACAACCCUGAAAACACUCCGGACGCGGGUGCUAAAGAAGGGCUGCAGAAGGCUUUUAAGGACAAGAUAAAACAGAAGAAACACAGGAAGAAGAUGCCUAAAAAGAAAAAUUCCAAUGAAAAAGAGCCCCCUCCUCCUCCUAACAUCCCAGACCCUUACCAGGAUGAUUACUCCACAGUGGAAGAGUGUGCCAGCAUGCUGCCACAAGCUGCUCUGGACCCGAGUUUUGCAGUGACCUCUGAGGCUGCUGGACCGUCUGGCUCUGGCCCUACGGACACCUCUUUAAUCAUGGUGGAGUGCGACCUCUACUCUGAGCCCAUGGACGCUCUGGGGGGUGUGAGCAGAAACGAACUGCCCGAUAUUUCUCCAUACGCGUGCUUCUAUGGAGCCCCCAAACACCAGGUGCUCAAAGUGGGCUGGCUGGACAAACUGUCACCUCAUGGAAAGUGUGUUUUUCAAAGGAGGUGGGUGCGAUUUGAUGGAGAGAGCCUGGCUUACUACAACAACGAUAAGGAGAUGUACUCCAAAGGAAUGGUCCUGGCCAGUGCUAUCAGACAGGUGCGAGGACUGGGAGACAACAAGUUUGAGGUGGUCACAUCCCUUCGGACCUUUAUAUUUCGGGCUGAAAGAGAAGGGGAGCGCCAGGAGUGGAUGGAAACUCUUCAGUCGGCCACGCGCCCCCCCGCCUGCGGCUCCCAGAAGUGCUCCGACAGCCUCCCCCACCCCUCCUCUACAAACAAGCGAGGCAUGCUGGAGCUCCGUGGUUACAAAGGCAGAGUGCUGGUGUCCCUGGCGGGGAGUAAAGUCAGGCUCUGCAAAACAGAACAGGACUAUAAAGCAGGCCUGGCUAUUGCUGAAGUGGAACUGACUGCUGCCAAUAUUAGAGAAGUUGACCGCAGGGCCUUUGAAAUCAACACACCCUUCAAGAGCUUCUGCUUCACGGCCGAGUCAGAACGGGAGAAGGAGGAGUGGAUUGAAGCAGUCCAGGAAUCGAUUGCUGAGACACUCUCCGACUAUGAAGUGGCAGAGAAGAUCUGGUUCAACGAGGCCAACAGGAGCUGUGCCGACUGCCGCACCCCCCAACCGGAGUGGGUGUCUGUCAAUCUGGGCGUGGUCAUCUGUAAGAAGUGUGCAGGGCAACAUCGCUCUCUUGGGCCAAAUAUCUCCAAAGUACGAAGCUUGAAGUUGGACAGCAGUAUCUGGAGCAAUGCGCUGGUUGAGCUCUUCCUCGAGGUGGGGAACAAGCAUGCUAAUAAUUUCUGGUCUGCGAACCUUCCACCGGAGGAAGGGAUUUUUAGCGGAUCCUCAACAGAGCAACGUGCCACCUUCAUUCGCAGAAAGUACCGGGAGAGAAAGUACCGGAAGGUCCUCGAGGGGUAUGAUGACCUGGAGCAGCUCAAUCAGGCUUUGUGUGCAGCUGUGGUGUUGCCAGAUGUGCUGAAAACAAUGGAGCUGUUGUUCAGUGGGGCAGAUGUUAUGUGCGCCACCGGGGAUCCAACCUUCUCCACCCCGUAUCUCCUGGCCCAGCGUGCUGGACAAAGAUUACAGAUGGAGUUUUUGCACCAGAACAAACUCUCAGAUUUCCCCAGGCUGGAGCAGUGGUCUGAUAACACUUUGCUGUCAGACGCUUUCCUCUUCAUGGAUGGCUUCCUCUACAUCUCCUCCGGCCCCAUCAAGACGAUGCCGGACCGCCGUGGAAGAGAUGACAUGACCCGUCGUUGGUGCACGUUGGAGGGUGGCUUCCUGAGUUACUACGAGAGUGAGAGGAGCGCAACUGCCAUAGGCAGGGUGGAUGUCACAGAGGUGGUUAGCUUGGCUGUCAGCAACACAGAGACAAUGACUGGAGCCGGCACCGUGUUUACAGUGGAGCUGUACCUGCAGACGGAGCGAGUGAUGAUUGUGGGAGCAGAGACGCAGGAGACGCAGCAUGACUGGAUCCAAGCGCUAACAAAGUGUUUCGUCCCGUGUAAAGUCGAGGGGCUGGUGCAGAGAGACAGCGAGCUGAUUGGCAGGCUGCAGUACAAAGAGGGCCACGACCUGUACCACUGGAGGACGGGCUGGUUUAUGCUGGAAGGUUCAACGCUGCACUUCAGCUCAGGAGACGAGGACGAGGAGGAGGAAGUCCUUCAGCUCAAACAGCUGCAGGAGCUCACUGUUUCCACACAUACAGAGGGUGAGGAGAAGAUCCAAGUCCUGCUGAUGGUGGAGGCUGGAAGAACAGUCUACGUCCACGGAUUUACCAAGAUGGACUUUGCUCUAUGGCACUCUGCCAUCACGCUGGCUGCUGGCACAGAUGGCAAGGGCCUCAGCGACCAGCAGCUGACUAAAAAUGGCGUCCCUAUUAUAGUCGACAGCUGCAUUGCUUUUGUCACUCAAUAUGGUUUGUGCCAUGAAGGAGUCUACCAGAGGCCAGGGGACCCUGCUCGAGUUGCCCUGCUCCUGGAGGAGUUCACCCGCGACGCCCGCAAUGUGAAGCUGAGAAAGAAGGAGCAUCAACUAGAGGAUGUUACGGACACACUGAAGAGCUUUUUAUCCCACGCGGAGGACGCUCUGCUCACCAAGGAGCUCUAUCCGUACUGGGUUUCUGCUCUGGAUGAGAUGGAUGAGAGGCAGAGAGUGAAGAAGUACUCCACUUUUAUCGAGAGUUUGCCAAAGAUAAACAGGUCAACGCUUGACGCUCUCCUCCAACAUCUGUACAGGAUCCAUCAGUGCUCCUGUUUCAACCACAUGCCGAGCGACAAACUGGCCUCGGUCUUCUCCUCCUGCUUGUUCCAGACUCAAGGACAAACUCCACAGGAGACUAGCGUUGUCCAUGACCUCAUCAGCAACUACAUUACUCUCUUUAGUGUCAACGAGGAGCGGGCGCAACAGAUGGAGAGAGAGAAUAGCUUCAUUGCACGCUGGAAUGAGAAAAAGGACGCCACAUUCUCUCCAGCUGGGGACUUGAUUUUCGAAGUGUACCUGGAAAAGAGAGAGCCGGAGAAGUGCUGUUUGAUCAAGAUGUCUCCCUCCAUGCGGCCCUCUGAGCUUGCAGAAACAGCCCUGAGUAUGAGGAACAUCACCUAUAAAGCAGAGGACUUAUGGACCACCUUUGAGGUCAUUGAAAACGGAGAGUUAGAGAGACCGCUUCACCACAGUGAGAAAAUUCUGGAGCAGGUGCUGGAGUGGAGUAACCUGGACUGCCCUAGCUCUGCCUUUCUUGUUAUAAAGAAGUUUUCAGAGGCCAAAAGAGAGGAUGGGAAAGACCAAGUGCAGGUUGUUAAAGGGGACUAUCUGAAGUUCAGCGAUGGAUCCUCCAAACUGCUGUCUGGGCACAAAUUCCAGGACAAAUAUGUCAUCCUACGUGCUGAGAAGCUGCUGCUGUACAGAGAUAUCAAAGGCACUAAAGCUGAGAAGAUGAUCCAACUAAACUCUGUGAAAUGUUACCUUGGUCUGAGGAAAAAGCUCAAACCUCCAACCAGCUGGGGCUUCACAGUCUACACUGAUAAACAACAAUGGCAUUUCUGCUGCGAGAAGAGGGAGGCGCAGGUCAGCUGGGUGACAGACAUCAUCAGGAUGAAGUACGGUUCUGACCUCUAUCCUAAGAGCAUCAGUGUAAAACAAGCUGCAGAACCAUCAACAGGGGGCGCUGUGACUGAAGGCCAGAAGAUUCAACCACAUAACCACAACUCUGGCAAACAGCUGCCAGACAGACGGACUUCCCUAGAAGAUAGCAAACUGAGGCAAACCAAGGCCACCACUCUCCCCCCUAAGACAGACAACACGCUAAAGACCCCUGAGGUCCCACACAGGAGACCCUCAGUACACGCCUGCCAGCCUCAGCGCUUCCCCUCCCUGUCUUCAUCCAGACACUCACAGCCCUUGCCUUUACCCCUCCCUCCUCAGAGUGGCUGCAAGACCCUCGGCAGGAGGCCCGUCCUGGGGAGGGAGGGCAUAAUGCCACCUAAUCUGCUGAAUGAACUCAACUUGGUGCUGAGCAAGACGGGACGCAGUGCCAAGAGCAGUGAUUGACAGGAAGAGGAGUCAGGAGAAAAAAGAGGUACUGAACAGCCAGACAAACAUUACAGGGCAGAACAGAGACAAGAGAUGUUGAGACUGACAAAAAAAAAGACUGCACAAUGCAGAUCGAGGGAGAGGAAGUAGCUUUCAAAAGAGGAAUUCAUUGCCUGGAGGCAGAUUUUAAACUCUGAUAAAGCAAGGGAUGUAGAUAUAGGAAGAGGGAAGUGCAAAACAGGUGCAGAAGACACUGGAGGUCAUGCAGACCUCAGCUGGACAGGCCGCUGACCCAAGCACUACAAAGUGUGAUUUAUAUGCCAUCUUGGAAAACUGGAGUAUGUUAUACAUUCAAGUGUCAAACCUCACAAGUUUUCACAACUGCCUGCUACAUGCUACUUACAAAAGUUCAGUAGGCCCACUCUAAAAAUUAAAUAAAAGGAUACAGCUUAUAAAAUUAAGCUUCAAAAUCAUGAAAAAUGAGAAAGUAAAAUCUGCUCUAGGAUGGUGUGGGCAUGUCUGUUGAAUGAGCUGAA